AGGAAAAUGAGGCCAAGGCGGUAUUAUGGCUCCAUGCUGUGGCAUGAGGGCGUUUUCUAGAGAACUUUACUUGCCAUAUAUCUUCUUUUUGGCGACUACGCGUACAUUUUCAUCAGCAAUGAAAGCAGUAAUUUUAGAUGGUCCAGGAGGACCUGAAAAUAUGAAAAUUGGUGAUGCUCCAAAGCCCACAGUAAAGGACGAUGACGUGCUGAUAAAAGUACAUGCAACUGCUUUGAACAGAGCAGAUAUAUUGCAAAGAAUGGGAAAAUAUCCGCCACCUAAAGGUGAAUCAGAAAUAAUGGGACUUGAAACAAGCGGAGUUGUUGAGUUUCUUGGAAAAAAUGUGCGCAAGAAGUUAAGAAUUGGUGACAAAGUAAUGGCAUUGUUAGCUGGUGGUGGUUAUGCUGAGUAUGUUUCAGUAUCAGAAUCAUAUGUCAUGAAAGUCCCCGGUAGCUUAAGUUUGCUUGAGGCUGCUUCCAUUCCAGAAGUUUGGCUGACUGCUUACCAGCUUCUUCACUUUCUUGGACGAAUUCAGAAAGAUGAAUCUGUCUUAAUUCAUGCUGGAGGGAGUGGUGUUGGAACAGCUGCCAUCCAGCUUGCAAAAUUAGCAGGAGCUAAAUCUUUUAUUACUGCUGGCUCUAAAGCAAAGCUUGAUUUUGCUAAAAGUCUUGGUGCAGAUCACACUGCCAAUUAUAAAGAAGAGGACUUCCAAGAAGCUUUUCAAAGUGAAACAAAUGGAAAAGGUAUAGAUGUCAUUUUGGACCCAGUUGGUGCAUCAUUUUGGGAGAAAAAUGCCAAACUGUUGGCUGUGGAUGGACGAUGGGUGCUUUAUGGACUUCUUGGUGGAAUGAAAAUAGAGGGUGAUUUGUUUAGAUACUUAAUGUCAAAGAGAGCACAGUUACUGGCAACAACUCUCAGAACAAGGCCCCAUCAGUAUAAAAAGGAGCUGAUUGAUUCAUUCAGUGAAAAUGUGCUGCCCUACUUUGAGAAUGGCCAAUUGAAACCAGUCAUUGAUUCAGUAUAUGAAUUCAAUGACAUUGCUGAAGCUCAUCGUGUCAUGGAGAGUUCUUCAAACACUGGAAAAAUUGUUAUCAAGAUCUCUAGUGACAAAGAUGAACUUUGAUCAAAGGUAAUCAAUGACCUGGGAUCUACUACAAAUUGGCUGCUUUGGUUUUAACGAUGGAAAAAUGAACAGUAAAUCUGAAAUGUAAUUUUACUCAAUCAUCUUGUUAUGUUUUGUUUUGGAAAAUGAUGGAUUCGAACAGUCGCUAUUUUUACUGGGACAUGCUGUCUACUGGUCCCUGAGAAUCUCCAGUCAUUUUUAAAUACUGGAAGAGUAUUUAUUUUUCUGCUGCUAGAAAUUAACUAAUUAGUUAAAGAAUAAAUGAAAAAUUUUUAGUUGA